UGUUUAGGGCAAGCGGAAAAAGUUGAAAGAUCUACUCCUUCAAAAAAAUGAAUAAUCCGAUCCAUUUGUACAGUUCUACUUAACAUUGUAAUCCAUUGUAGUCAUAGUUACAGAGGUCCCGCAAAGCCCCCACCCCUCCCGUACUGGGCUCAGGACGCCCUCCGCUCGCUCCCUGGAAGCAGGACCUCCUCCGAACACGCCAAGAGCCUGCAGCCUCUGCCCCAUGACAUCACAUGGUUACAGAAUGACUUCUGUCUGGGUCUCCUGCGUUCAUCUGUAAGGCGAGAGUUCCUCGAUGCGGUCAGCGUAACAAGGCCCUGUUGAUCACCGAGUGUGGGAGAAGGAGGCCGAUGUGGUGGUUUUUGGGGGUUUUCAUGGUUUAAAAAAGAAACCAAAAAUAACAACCGAGGCAUUUCCAUUCCAAACAAACAACCCAUAACUACGAUCGCGUGUGACAUCUUCCCCCAGCCCUCUCGAUUCACCUUCCCGUGUCUCCGUCUCCGUCGCCAUGGUAACAACACGAGCCCCGGUGGCACACCGGUGGUCCGAUCUGUAAGGAGGACAGUUCUUCACCACCACCCUCAUCUUCAUCGGGGGGGGGGAUGGAGGAGGAGGGCCGGGUGAACGGGCUGAGCGCCCCCGGGGGGCGGGGCUCGGAGUGGGGUCGCAUCUCCCUGCUGGACAAGAACCAGGAGUUCUUCAGGAUCUGUGACGUGGAGGCCAAGGGCUUCAUCACACGCACCGACAUGAGGAGGCUCCACCAAGAGCUGCCCCUAUCAUCAGAAGAGCUGGAGGAUGUGUUUGACUCGCUGGACGCCGGCCGUGACGGCUACCUCACACUGGAGGCCUUCUCCUCUGGCUUCAGCCAGUUCCUGCACGGUCGGAGGCUCUCAUUGGGCGACGACCUAGGCCCCGCCCCCGCCCCGGGGCUCCGGGUCAGGGAGACGCUGUACCAGAGCCAAUGGGACGCCCGGCUGGCGGGCGGUGAGGACGAAGAGGAGCAGCACUUCAGCAUGCUGCUGGAGAGCCUGGGGGCCGGCAACGUGUUCGAGGACCCAGGCGAGGUGCGCAGUCUGUGGGCUCAGCUCAGGAAGGACGAGCCCCACCUCCUCUCCAACUUCGAGGAGUUCCUGGCGCGCGUCACGCACCAGAUCAAGGACGCCAAGGAGGAGAAGAAGGAGAUGGAGAGUGCUCUGCAGAGGAAGGCAGCCACACAUGACAGCGAGAUACGCAGCCUGUACGAAGAGAUGGAGGCGCAGAUCAAGAACGAGAAAGACCGGCUCCAUCUGAAGGACUCUGAGCGGCAGCAACUGCACAGCCAGGACCUGGAGUACCAGCUGGUCUCCAAGGAGAGGGAGCUGGACCAGCUCUCCUCCAAGCAGCACAGGCUGGAGCGGCAGUGCUGCGAGCUGAGCAGUGAGAAGAAGGAGCGCCACGUGGAGAACGUGAAGCUGAAGGUGACCAACGAGGAGCUGGUGAGGGAGCUGGACAGCACCAGCCAGGAGCUGACCCUCGCCCAGGAGCAGCUGACGCUGCUGCAGCAGCAGGCCUCCCGGCUGCACCAGGAGAAGGAGAUGGAGAUGUACAGGAUAACGGAGGGGCUGCAGAGAGAGAAGCAGAGUCUCAUGAAACAGCUCGACCUGCUCCGAGAGAUGAACAAACACCUGAAGGAUGAACGGGACAUAUGCUGUGGCAUGCCGCGGUCCUCACUGAGGAAGAAGCAGAAGCAGCAGAAGGCUGGCCUGGCUAAUCUAUUCGACGAUCCCAGUCCACAGUCCAACAGCUCCCUGAUGGUGGACGGGUCCUACCAGUCUCUGGAGGCCCUGCCGUUGCACCACCUUCAUAUCGUGUUUGUCGCUUCCUCUUCCUGCAGCGAGGACGACUCCCCCGGCCCCGCCCCCGGCCCCGCCCCCUACCGCGCCCCCUCCCUCUUCUCCGCCCCCAGCGCUAGCGCUAACCCCUACGCUAGGCCUAGCAUUAGCCCCCGGGGCGACGCCCCCGCCUGCCCCCAGCAGAGACCCCCCGCCAAGAAGAGCCCCGCCCACCUCGCCAACGGCCACGGCGACGCCCCGGCCUCCUCCUCCUCCUCCUCCUCCUCCUCUUCGUCGCUGGCGAGGGCGCGCUCCGGGAAGGUCGCCAAGGCGGUCACCAAGGUCAAGCGUCAGCCGGGCCGCACGGGCGCGGGGGGGAGGAGGACGAAGGAGGAGGAGGAGGAGGAGGAGGAGGAGCGCCUGGACGGGCCGCUGGACGGCUGGCCCCUGCGCCGCGUGAUCUCCAUCGAGGAGGACCACCUGCCCCACCUGCUGCUGGGGGGGCCCCAGCCCCUCCUGCACCAGCUCAGUGAGGAGGAGGAGGAGGAGGAGGAGGAGGAGGAGGAGGAGGACGAAGACGAUCUGGAGGAGGUGGGGGCGGAGGCAGCGCAGAGCGACCUGGAGGCCAGCGGCGUCGACCUGACCAGCGAGUCCAUGGCCACGCCCCCCUCCAUCUCCGCCCAGCAGGCUGUGGCUGUGGCUGUGGGCGUGGCUGGGGGCGUGGCUCCGGUGGCGGCGCCGGUCGUCACCAGGUCCCGCUUCUCCAGGAUGACCAAGACCCCCAUGGCCCCCCGGGGUCAGCCCGUCGGCAAGGAGACCCAGCACCCGGUGAGGGAGGGGUCCGUGUCGGUCCCUGAGCGUCUGUUCAAGGUGGUGCUGGUGGGGAACUCCAGCGUGGGAAAGACCUCCCUACUGCGCUCCUUCUGCGAGGGCCGCUUCAGCCCCGCCACCUCCGCCACCGUGGGUAUCGACUACAGCGUGAAGACGCUCACCCUGGACAACACCCAGGUGGCCAUGCAGCUGUGGGACACAGCUGGACAGGAGAGGUACCGCAGCAUCACCAAGCAGUUCUUCCGGAAGGCGGACGGCGUGGUGGUCAUGUACGACGUCACGGUGGAGGACAGCUUCAAGGCCGUCAAGCCCUGGCUGGACAACGUCCAGGAAGCUGCAGGCGAAAGCAUCCCCAUCCUGUUGCUAGGCAACAAAAUGGACAAAGAUGAGGAGCGACAGGUCUCCUACAAAGAGGCCUUCCUAUUGGCUGAGGUCGCCCAGAUCAUGUUCUACGAGGUCAGCGCCUUCACAGGGAACCAGGUGGCCGAGUCCCUCACCCACCUGGCCAGAGUUCUAAAGGAGCAGGAGGACAGAGUGAGAGACACCACCAUCAUCCUCACCGCCCAGCCCGUGAAGAAGAAAGCCUGCUGCAAGUAGAACGCAGGGGACGGACACACGUGGUGGAACGUUGGUAGAGCCCGGGGACAACGGACACAUGUGGUGGAACGUUGGUAGAACCCGAUUACACCUCACACUCGUCCGAUGCGUUUGCUGGACAUGGAUGGAUGAUGUGUGAAGGCGGUGGGCUUCAUAUCGAUGGACUUUGGGUUGGACUUUAUAUUCUAUUUUAUUUGAGCACUCAUUGUGGACUUAGCUCUGCGUUGUUUAAACUGAAGAUGAAGACAGAUAAGCAGAAAUUGCGUUGCAAUUAACGAAAGAAUGAAUGAAAUAUGAGUAUUUUACGUAUUAGAGGAAAGGACCUGAAGACAAAGAGAUUGCGUUGAUAUUUACUCCAAGCGCUGGUCUGAUGAACAUGGGCCUUUAUUCACCUUGUAGCUCUUGGCCCCAUCUUGGUUCUAAGCGUUUAGAACCAAGAGGGCCGCGAGGUGAACAAGAUCUAUUCGGAGAAUCACCGUGAACAGAUAUAUUUAAGAUGACUGAUCCAUUGAUGGGGAUUGGUGAUGUUUAUUUUUUUUAUUUUGUGUAAUCAACCUAAGAUAAGAAUAAUCAAAAGCCAAUAUGACCACCGGAAUUUAUUGAAAUUUUGUUUUUGAAUUAAAAUCACAGGUUAGAAAAAACAACUAUUAAAUUCUUUGUAACAAUU